UAAACAAACAAUCGUGUUGAUCUGCGGCAACGUGAAGCGCGUGUGACUAUGAGGCCCUCGGUCUAAAUCAAGGGAUUGCUUCAUAUUUAUUGUACUAAGGUCCAAAUAAAGUAUGGUUAUGGCCCAGAAGGAUGAAAAAUCGUCGAGCCAGGGGGAUUUCCCUCCCGGAAUGGCGCCCAAGAUGUUGAAUAUGCUGAAAGAACUGGACAGCAUUGAGAAGGAGCUGCAGCCGCUGAUUUCGCAGCCUUAUCACGAGGUCCUGAGGAAGUUAUCACCUCAAGAAAAGGCAAAGGUUGGCAUGAUGGAAAUAUAUGGAAUCAAUUCAUUAUUUUGGGUUCUGAUGAAAACGAGCAGUGAAGAUAUUGUGUCGGCCCUCCGUGAUGACUACAAGGUGGAGAUGCAGAGGUUGAGGGAGACCCAAGAACGGAUAGCAGAGCUGGAGGCAAGAGCAAACAUGCAGCACAUAGACAAGCAAGCCGCCAAAAGAUUCAUAACCCAUGCGCUCGCAAAGAACAAGAAAAAUGGUGAGGAGUCAAGUAGUGACAACCCGAAGAAGAAGAAAAGAACAUGACGAGGCCUGUGAGAAAGAAGGAAUGUGUGACUGUCGAGAUGCAGGAAGGGAAUGUCUCACUUUGACCAAACUUGGGAGCAAAUUUGCUGAAAAUGUUAUUUGUCUUUCAUUUCUUUUGAACUUCAUGUUUUUUCUCAUCUUUCUAUUUCAUGUUCUGGUUCUCUCUUUUUUCUCUCUUCUCUUUUUUAUUGAAAGUUCUCCUUCCAAGUUAUAUCUUCAGUGUAUGUUGUGGCCAGAAAUGUUUUUUUUUUUUUUUUUCAAAUAUAUCCUUUUUUGUA